UUCCACCUCCCCUUUCCUUGCUUUUGAAGCUCUCUCUCUCUCUCUCUCUCUCUCUCUCUGGUUGGUAGCUGAGUUUCCCUUAAAUAUGUUCUCAUUCUUCUCUGGCAAUUCAGUUGCAUAAAGUUCCAAUCUUUGCAAUUGUCUCUAUCAGAGCCUAAUCUCGGUUUUGAACUUCAAGGAAGGGUUAUCAGCAAUGGCUACAAAUGGGCAAACAACAAAAUCCCCACCAAACCCUUCUCCUCUGCGAAGUGCCAAAUUUUUCCUGGCUAACAUGAGAAUUUUGAUUACUGGAGGAGCUGGGUUCAUUGGGUCUCACCUAGUUGAUAGACUGAUGCAAAAUGAAAAGAAUGAGGUGAUUGUUGUUGAUAACUACUUCACUGGCUCAAAGGACAACCUAAAACAAUGGAUUGGUCAUCCACGAUUUGAGCUUAUUCGUCAUGAUGUCACAGAGCCAUUGUUUCUUGAAGUUGAUCAGAUAUAUCAUCUUGCUUGUCCUGCUUCUCCAAUCUUCUACAAACACAAUCCCGUAAAGACAAUUAAGACAAAUGUGAUGGGGACAUUGAACAUGUUGGGACUUGCAAAGCGAGUUGGAGCAAGGAUUUUACUUACCUCGACUUCUGAGGUUUAUGGAGAUCCACUUGAGCAUCCCCAGACUGAGAGCUACUGGGGCAAUGUUAACCCUAUAGGUGUUAGGAGUUGUUAUGACGAGGGGAAGCGAGUAGCUGAGACUUUGAUGUUUGAUUACCAUAGGCAGCAUGGAAUAGAAAUACGGAUUGCUAGGAUCUUCAAUACUUACGGACCCCGCAUGAACAUUGACGAUGGGCGCGUCGUCAGCAAUUUCAUAGCUCAAGCAAUCCGUGAAGAGCCUUUGACUGUUCAAUUGCCAGGGACACAAACUCGGAGCUUUUGUUAUGUGUCUGACAUGGUUGAUGGUCUUGUUCGACUUAUGGAUGGAGAACAUACCGGACCAAUUAACAUAGGCAAUCCAGGUGAAUUUACAAUGCUUGAACUCGCUGAAACUGUGAAGGAGAUAAUCAAUCCUAAGGUAAAGAUCUUGACUGUGGAAAACACACCUGAUGAUCCUCGCCAGAGAAAGCCAGACAUUAGUAAGGCCAAAGAGUUGUUAGGUUGGGAACCGAAGAUCAAGUUGAGAGAUGGUGUUCCUUUCAUGGAGGAGGAUUUCCGCCAGCGGCUUCGUGUCCCAAAGAAGGCCUGAACUUUACUACAGCCUCACAUGCUAUAUAUAUAUAUAUAUAUAUAUAUAUAUAUAUAUAAGCUAAAUGUGGCUUUCCAUGCCAACUCCUCCUUUUCCUCCUGCUUUCUUUCAAGUGUAAACAAUCCAGAAUAAAUUGUGCAUCAGGCUUCAUUAGUAAGGCCAAAGAGUUGUUAGGUUGGGAACCGAAGAUCAAGUUGAGAGAUGGUGUUCCUUUCAUGGAGGAGGAUUUCCGCCAGCGGCUUUGUGUCCCAAAGAAGGCCUGAACUUUACUACAGCCUCACAUGCUAUAUAAGCUAAAUGUGGCUUUCCAUGCCAACUCCUCCUUUUCCUCCUGCUUUCUUUCAAGUGUAAACAAUCCAGAAUAAAUUGUGCAUCAGGCUUCAUUGUUUUGUAGACCAUAACAAAAGAAAUUGUGCAACUCUCUUUUUUGAUUAAUAAUACUAAUACCUAAAUAAAGUUUUACUAUA